CUUGCCAUCUGAAAUAAGCCAGCAGCUUCCAGGAGAGCAUUGGUAGUGUGUCUGGGUGUAAGUGUACAUGUAUUUUCCCUGGAAUUGUCCUCGCCCUGUUUCUGGUGGGGCUUGGAGGACUCCCUGGCCUGGGUGGGUUGCAACUGCCAUAGCCACAGUGAUAGGAAACGGAGCUGGGAUCCCCACUGCCUGCCCUGCCUUUGGCUACCUCAGAGAGCUCAGUAAUUGGUUAUUAAUUAACCUGUUGCCCACAGAAGUGGAGAGGAAGGGGCUGUGGGCGGCGAUGGCCGAGCAGGAGGUGAUGGCCGAGCAGGAGGUGUGCAGUAUGCGGCAGUUGGAGGUGCCACGGCGAUGGUUCCGUGCGUGGUCACAGCCCAGUGACAUCCCCACCAGGCAGUGGAGCUGCCAUGGCUGCCGCACACGCAGCGGGGCUGGAGGGCAGAGGCAGGAGUGCCGGUGCUGCGCAGGGAUGGAAGGCAAACCUCAGCCAGCACGUCCAGGAGCUGCACACCAUCAUCACCUUGCAAGAGCGAGGGAGGAAGUUUUUCGUGCAGUCAUGGGAGGAAAAGCUUGGUCAGAACAGAAAGCUGCUCCCCCACCUGCGUGAGGCGGUGCAGGAGGACGUCCGUGCCCUGGGCAUUGUUCAGAAGUGCAACAAGCUCACCGUUUCUGAGGCUUGCAGAGCGCAGAAGCACUUGGGCAUCACUUUGGCCAGGAAGACGGUGGAGGUGGCCCAGGAGAAGCUCCGGGCUGAAAUCUAUGACCGGGUGAACACGUGCAACAUGCUGCUGUACCAGCUGAGGCAGCGGAGCCGAGCCCAGGACGAGCUGAAGAGGCAGCUGCAGCACCUGCAGGAUACCAAGAUGGAUGACAAGUGGCACCAGGCGCAGGUGCAGGCAGUUCACCGGCUGGAGAACAACAUUGAGAAGAUGCUCACAAAAGUCCACGCUGGACAGAAGGUGACCGCCCUGUACUUGGCGGUGCGGGACGUGCUGAGGAAGGAGCUGGCCAACCUGCCUCUGCACCUUGACCUUCUGUGCGGGAUGGCCAAGCUGUACCAUGGGGAGCUGGAAGACAUGGAGCUCAUGGCCUUGGAUGCCCUCAAAGCCGCUGAUUUAACCAAGGAGGACAUGGCCAAGAUGGAAACCCAGUUCCUUGCAGAGAGAGAGUUCAGGUACCGCUCCCUGGCCUCCCAGAAGGUGCACAUCGGCAGACACUGGCUCAAGGAAGCAAGCGAAAGGCACCUGAGGGUGCAAACCAGGUAUGAGCUCACCAUGGACUUCCCGAACCUGCUCCCACAGGACCCGCUGGUGGGCACCAAACUGGAAGCCACCAAGUCCCAGAUGGAGUGCGAGGCCCUGGUGACUGAGAAGAUAGAGAAAGCCAGGGCUGCAGUGCAGUGUUCCCGCCUCUGGGACAUCCCCAGCAGGCUCCUGGCACAGCAGAAGUCCUCGGUGGACCUGGAGCAGUACGUCAAGGAGUGCAAGGAGAAGCAGCAGGCACUGAAGGAGACACUGAAGGAGCUGGAGCUGAAGCAAGCUGAGCUGAAGUUUCGCCAGUCCCCCAACACAAUCAGUUGUAUGGAUGUGAAUGUGGUUGGCUCCAGGAUGCUGGAGGAGGAGCUGAGGAUGAACCUGCAGUGGGAGGAGGCUCGGCUGGAGCAGAUGCGAGCCCAGAUGCUGAGGAACCAGGAGCUCCUGCUCGAGUUUGAGAAUGGCAUCGACAACCUCUUUGUCCAUUUGCAUGGCAUCACCGUGCCUGGCCAGGACGAUUCUCUCAAGGCCAGGGGAGUGGAGGAGAAGCUCCAGCACUGUGAGCAGAAGCUGCAGUACCUGGUGCAGCGGGUGGCCAACAUGCCCUCCCACAGUCACAGCCCUGACGAGGACAAUGAGACUUUUGUGAAGGUCAGAAAUUUUCUAGAGAAAACAAUCAUGAAUGAUCCACAGAACCUGAAGAUUUCCUUUGAAGACAUAGGCAGUAGGGUCCAAGACCCCUUUGAUUUUGCUGACAAAGACUAUGGCCUUGUCCUCGCCCGGGAAGACAUCAAGAAGCAGGGGCUGCACCUGAUCGAAAGCAAGAAGAAAAGUGGCAAGAAAAAGUAGUGGUUGCUUCACAAGAGCUUUGGAUGCCCCAGAUCAUCUGUUGUGCUUUGGAUGCCACAGACCACCCAUUGUACCCUUUUUCCAGCAGGUUUAAUAGAGCAGAUCCUUUUCACUCCUCCCAAGCCUGUGGUAAAGCUGGAACGGGGGGUCCUGGGUCACUUCUGUCACCCUGAACACAUGGGGGUCAAACCCUGAGAGGUGCUGAGCUGGGUUUGGAGGCAGCCCCAAACCCCUGCCCCUCGCCCAGCUGCUGUCCCCACAGAGGUGGGGAUGGGCUGAGGUGGGGACAGCAAACCUGGGGGGAGGCUGGCUUUCUCCCCCUUGGUCCUGUGGGGCCAACACCUUCCUGGAACCUCUGCCUCCCCCAGACAGCUCUGGGACCCCAAAGGGCUAGCAUCUGUCUUGAGGCAGCUGUGGGGAAAUGUGGGGCAGGGGCUGAGACCUGUAUAGGUGUGGGACCUCAGGGUAGGCGUCUUCAUGUCCGUGUGUGGGAGCGGAAGGGCAGACCCUGCCUUGGAAAGGGAGAUCCAAAUCUGAGAUGAAGCCCCUAGCCUGGGGCUGUCUGACCUGCCUGUGGACCCUUUGUGCCUCUUCCCUCCCCUGGUGCCCGCACAUACGUUGUGCAACUCGUACUCUUAACCCUAAACUGAGAGCAAAUGUCAGAUGUUACUUUUGGGCUGCAGGGAGGUGCCUGGAGGUAAGGUCUAACCCAGCAUGACCUAGGACAGGAGAGCAUCCUACACCAAGCCUUUGGCUCUAGGAUGGGAUCCCCAGCCCUGCUGAUGGGUCACAGACACCCAACCGUGGAAGCCACAUUGUCUUCUCUACAAAGGCACUUGUAAAACAACACUGCAAAUAGAUGGUGCUGUUUCCCCAAGUACAGCCAAUGCUGAGGGCUUCUGCCAGGGACCUGUAGUCCUAGCUGGAGACCCAAGAGAGUGGCACCUCAUCCACUUCUGCAGGGGGACAGCAGCAUCAGACCAAGCUUUUGCUGUCAUUUCUACUUGGUCCCUGUGCUUCACGCUGACAUCACUUGUGACAUCAGCUUCGGGGGGAAGGAAUGGCUGUUUCUGCCAAGCUUCUCAGCAGACUGGCAGGUCACACCAAAUGUUCUUGGUGGGUUUUGUGUGACUACAGGUGUGGGGAUUAUAUUGCCAAAAUACAGCACAACUUGUGUUUUUUAAAGGAAGCUCCAGAAAUAGCGUAGUGUGCCAGUGAACACAUCUAAUGGCGCUUCCCAGAAUUGAUAGCCAUAUAAGCGGGCUCUUCUGCAGUUAAAGACCAUGUUAUAAUUACACCCAUCUGUCUCCUGUCUCUGUCCCGUUCUCACGUGCCCACCACAGCCAGGGUGUGUGCUGAGGUCUGGAUCAGGGAGUUCUCUGCUAUGAGGAGCUGCCCAGCCAUGGCAGCAGCAAUCUGAAAACACUCUGCAGACCACGGGGCCAAGCAGACAGCAUGGGUGGAUGGUGCCAGGCCACUCUGAAACUGUCCAUGCUCAACACAACCAGGGUUUGAAGAAACUUAGCCGGGCCACGUUGGAUAGGCUAUGCUGAAAUAGCUGUGAUUAAGAAGCAAAAUACCUGCACAACACCACCCUUCCUGCUGACUUGACA